AUGUCGCAACUCGUUGCCAUUGCUCCUGCGCCAGGAAAGUCUCCGUCCGCGGAAGCCGGCGUUGCUUCGACUCCGGAUUCUGCGACAAUGCAAUUCAACUGUCAAUCAUGCGUUCGCAAAAAGGUCAAAUGUAACAGGACUCUUCCCGUUUGCUCUGGCUGUCACAAGGGCAACCUCGAAUGCACAUAUCUUGCUCCGCCGCCAAGGAAACGGAGAAGGGUGCAAGAUGAGGAUAUGAAUCAACGCCUGGCUAGAUAUGAGAGCAUCUUACGAGCCAAUGGUCUUCUACAGCCAGCACCGACAUCAUCUCACAGCGGAGAUGCAGUGACUCAGCGUAGCAACCGGCAUGCGACAGAAGUCUUGUCCAACAACCAAGGCCCAGCUGAAGUCGGCAAACUUGUUUCAGCAGACGGCAAGUCCCGCUACAUUGAUAGUGUCCUGCUGCUUCCCGCUGGAGAUGGAGAUUUGUGUGAACUGUCAGAUUCAGACUCAGAGAUCAACGAGGAUGACAACGAGGCUUCGAGAAGAGACCAUAGUGUAUCCAGCAAUCUAGGCUUCUUAACUGGGGAAGCUGUCCCCCUGGCUAUGCUGGGACGCCAUCAAAGCCUAGCCGACGUCCAUCCAACCCACGAUGAGGCUUUGAGCCUAUGGAAUGCCUACGUUCAAAAUGUCGAGUCCCUGUGCAAAAUUCUGCACAUCCCAACGAUGGCACAGAUGGUUGACACAAUCUCUCGGAAGCCAGCCUCAGUUUCAAAAGGAGAUGAAUGCUUGGUUUUCAGUAUUUACUACCUUGCUGUGUUUUCCAUGCCGGACGCCGACUGUCUGCAGACGUUCAAUAAGCAAAAGCACGAUCUAAUGGCAAAGUACCGCAGUGCUGUUCUUCAAGCCCUAGUCAAUGCGUCGUGGUUAAAAACCACUUCAUUGCGUGUGCUUCAGGCCUACGUAAUAUUUCUUGUGGCGGCACGUAGUCAGGUCGAUCCGCAUACUUUCUGGAGCUUAACUGGCAUCGCCAUUCGACUUGCGCAGCGCAUGGGACUGCAUCGUGACGGGGAAAACCUUGGUCUUCCACCUUUUGAGGUCCAAAUGCGCCGUCGACUGUUUUGGCAGCUACUCCCUCUUGACACCUAUGCUGGUCAGGUUUCAGGUACGGGGAUUUCGAUAGCACCGGACAGCUGGGAUACCAAGCAGCCAUUGAACAUCAACGAUGACCAAAUUUAUCCUGGAAUGACCGAGAUACCAGAAGAAAAGAAGGGAGCCACAGAAAUGAUAUACAGCCUUGCCAGGAUAGAAUUGUCCAACUUUUACGCCAAGACGGGUGUGAAGUUGAAAAGCGCGGCGGUAUCAUUCAAAAACUCAGAAGAGAUCGAAAACUUGAUCAAUGAUGUCGAGGGCUCCAUAGAGAUGAAGUACCUUCGGUACUGCGACAUCCUCAACCCGCUACACCUUCUAACGCUCGCAGUCGUGAGGUCAGCUGCGAAUAUUGUUCGUUUACGCAACCGAAUGAAACCAGUAAUGGAUAAAACCGUGAAUGACGGUGAGCGAAACGAGCUUUGCGCCCUCUCGGAGAGGAUCCUUGAGACAGAUAGUACUAUUUAUCGCAACCCGUCCUUGAAGAAAUUCCGAUGGCAAGUGAAGAACUUUUUCCUUUGGGAUGCACUUCUCUGCAUCUUACUCAGUAUCUCCAAAGCUGGCUUCUACAAAAGAGCGGAAUUAGACAAGACGUGGAAUAUGGUUGGGGAGGUCUACGCAAACCAUGAGGAUCUGUUGGAGAGAAAGAGAGCCCUACACUUCAUGAUCUGUGAUGUCACGUUAAAGGCCUGGCUCGCGAGCCCUCCAAAACAACCUAUACCUGAACCUUCCUUCAUAUCGUCUCUUCAAAACCAGCGCAAACGCAAGUCCCGGGGGCCGCAAGAUACUAUCAGUGAUACCGUCAGUGAGAUGGGCAGUAGCAAUGAUGCAAUGGAGGAGACGUCUACGACUGACGGGCUCUUUGGCCAUAUUGACGGCACGAAUCUGAUGAUGGAAAAUAAUUUGAACACGAAUCCUUCAGAUUGGUUAUUCUGGGAUCAAUUCUACCGCGAUACAAAUCUUUGUUGA